AUGUGCAGCCUCGGCAUUUCAUUCCGAGAGAUCCUGUAGCACACGGGGACAAACCAAUGAUCAGAGAAAAUGCCUGCACUGUAUCAGAGGUACCAGCGUGUGGACAGAAUACUCAACGUGUUCAUUGUCGUUAUUGGCGUUCCUGUGAAUUUAGCGGCGAUUGUGAUCCUGUCCCGGGGAAAGUGCGGUCUCUCUCCCUGCACCACUCGCUACCUGGUUGCCAUGGCAGCGGGGGAUCUACUGACCGUAGUCAUCGAGGUCCUUGUGCAUCAGGUGUUAAAUCAUUACUUUACGUGGAAUUUUCUGAGGAUUACUCCUGUGUGCAGAGUUAUCGAGGUACUGAGGUUCACGGCCACAUACUGCUCUGUCUGGUUCACCGUCAUGUUCACUUUCGAUCGGUUUGUCGGCAUCUGCUGUCAGAAGCUGAAAACAAAAUAUUGCACCGGGAAAACUGCGGCUGUGGUUCUGACAACAACCGGCGUGCUGUCCUUUCUGAAAAUCGUUCCCAGUUACUUUCUCUGGGAACCCGGACAGAUAAUCAACGAUGUACCCUGGUUCUGUAAACUCAAGGCCAACACUUUCACUGACCUCGGAUGGGUAAUAUACGAUUGGCUCGACAUAGUUUUAAAUCCGUUCAUCCCUUUCGCUGUGAUUCUGCUGCUCAACGCUCUGACAGUCAGACACAUUGUUGUGGCCAGUCGUGUCCGGAAGGGGCUGAGGGGUCAGAGCAAGGCGGAGAACCGCGGUGACCCGGAGAUGGAGAGCCGGAGGAGGUCUGUGGUUUUACUCUUCACCCUCUCCGGCAGCUUCAUCCUCCUGUGGAUGACCCACGUUGUAAAUUUCAUGUAUUAUGAGAUCUCAGGGAUCGGAUUCAAUUUCAAUGAUUCUGAAUGGAUCUUUCACACGGGCGGAGCCCUGCUGAAGAAUUUCAGCUGCUGCGCGAACACAUUUAUUUACGCGGUCACUCAGUCGAAAUUCAGGGAGCAGCUGUUCAACGCGGUGAAAUAUCCGGUCACAUCGUUGCUUCAGUUCAUUACUCAGGCUUUGCACUGA